UCUUUAUGGGACCAAAAAGCCUGCAGUGUGACCCCCACAAAUUUGUUGAAAUCUUGAAAUUUAUAUAAAUACCAUAUUGACUAUCCUCCACUUUCAUUUAAUCUUUUUCUUUAUAGUAUCACUUACACCAACAAUACCAUAUACAAAGUGCCUACACCACCUAUUUCUUUCAAGAUCACUCUUCAUAUAUAGAUACAUGGAUUUUACAGCAAGGUAAUAUCUACUUUUGCAUGAAUUCACUAAUCUCACAUCACAUCAUCUGAUUCUUUAUAACCAAUAUUGCUCAGCUCCUAGGCUCUUCGGAAAAAAAAAAAAAAAGCACACCUCAAAUUUUCUUCAAGCUUGAUAUAUAUAUUAUAGCCAUUUAACUUCUUAACAAAGAAUGAUGAAAAGCUGAAAGUUGCCGAGAGAGAGAGAGAGAGAGAGAGAGAGAGAGAGAGAGUGAUAGUAUAUAAAGUAAUUGAAGUUGCUAGAAACCGAUCGCUUUCACUAAUUUCCUUUUGGAGAUCGUGAAGAAUGCAAACUUUUUGCAAGUUAGCGUGUUUUGCUUUCUCUGCAUGUUAUCAUCUUCCUCUAAUACCCUUAGUUGGAUGCUCAUCUCAUGAAGACCAUAACCAAUUUAUUGGUCACAAAAGCAUGAUCAAAGGCAACUUUCACAAGUUGAGUCCUCAGAUGACAUCAAAUGUUAGAGUUCAUGGUCUUCUUCUAUGGGUUUCAAUGGGGCUCUUAAUGCCUGCUGGGAUACUUAGCAUCAGAAUGUCAGUCAAAGAGGAACGAGGCUCCAUUCGGGCUAGAGUCUUCUUCUAUCUCCAUCUUACUUUUCAGAUGCUUUCAGUUCUUGUUGCUACUGCUGGAGCUGUGUUGUCCAUCAAAAAUUUUGAGAACUCGUUCAAUAACAAUCAUCAAAGAAUAGGUCUAGCACUCUACAUUGCCAUAUGGAUACAAGCGAUUAUGGGAUUUCUGAGGCCUCACAAAGGAAAGAAAGAAAGAAGUGUUUGGUACUUUGUACAUUGGAUAGUUGGAAUUUUGAUAUCAUUAGUGGGGAUUAUCAACAUCUACACGGGCUUAGAAGCAUACCAUAAGCGAACAUUAGAGAGCACAAGGCUUUGGACAAUUAUUUUCACAGCACAAGUCUCUUUCAUCACUUUCUUGUAUCUCUUCCAAGACAAAAAGGAAUAUAUACAAGAGCAAGGUGUUAUUCUAGGCAAUCUUGAAACAAUCACACCUGAUCAAGAAAAUAUUUCUCAAAUCCAAAACCAUAAAGAUUUGUUGCCUGCUGCACCAUGUGCCAAGAGAAAUGCACUCAGGAACUUGUUUGAUUGAAACCCCACAAAUAUGUGGGAUUCUUUUGCCCCUUUUAGCUUGCUAGUUUACCUCUUUUCCCUCCUUUCUUUUUAUAUUUUCGAAAAAAGAAAAACAAAAAGAAAAAAAAGUGGGUGCUCAUUUGCAUUUUAUUUUUUGAUGCAUGCACUCUGUGAAAAAGUGAAAGAUGAAUAUACGAAUUCUUCAUCAUGUGGAGUGCAUUCAUCAAAAAUGGAUGAACUGUAUUUGUGCAUCCUUUUAUUUCUAUACUUCCUAUAUUCCUUUCUUUUCUUUUAAUGUAGGUGUGAAAGUUUGCUUCUAAAUAGGAGAACGGAGUACUAAUAUGUUAAAUUUGGUAGUGUAAUAGAUGAUAUAUAUCGUGCUUUGUAUCAUAUAUUACAAUAUAGUUGAAAUUGAAUUAAUUCGUUAACAUUAAUUUGAAGAUAUAUUUUCCUUGCAUAUGAA